GGCAGCGUUGCAGUGGUACUCCAGUGUGAUCGAUCCUUCAUUCACACAAGGCGCUGGAAGCCGGGCAGUAGAGGCGAGCUCAGUCGUCUUGCAUGCUGUUAUUCGGAGUUACUUCGGCUGCUUCUGCAGGAUGGGUGGAGGGGUCCCUCUGGUGACGGAUCCCAGUAUUACGACCACACAGGCGAUGCCAAGCAGAGGAACAUGGUGAGACGGAAAUACUGAACAACCUCGCAAUAUGAGAAGCACGCUGAACUGCAGUGCAGUCUGCAGCUCCGUGCAAUGCACCAUUGACCCGGGCCUCAGCACACAAGACGGGGUACAACUUCUGCAGCAACUGUGCAGGCUCCAAGCAGACAUAACACCUGAGGCUGACGAUAUCUCCCCCGUAUUACUGGGUGUGAUGGGCAUCUUGCUAUCAUGUGGCAUCCUCCUGGCUCUGUUUUUCCUUCUCUUCACCAUCAGGUUGAAAAACAAUAGGAUUGUGAAAAUGUCCAGCCCAAACCUCAACAUAGUGACAAUUAUUGGAAGCAUUUUAACUUACGGCAGCGGUUACAUGUUCGGGCUGAUGGAAGGAAGGACAGUGACAGCAGAAAUAUCAACCAAGCUGAUCAUUCAGAUUCGCAUCUGGACACUGUGCAUAGGAACCUCUUUGAUAUUUGGACCCAUACUGGGGAAGAGCUGGCGCCUGUACAAGGUCUUCACUCAACGAAUCCCUGAGAAGAGAGUGAUCAUCAAAGACGUGCAGUUACUGGGGCUGGUAGCGGGGGUGAUUGGCGUGGAUGUGCUGGUUCUGGUGACGUGGGGCAUUGCUGAUCCUCUGGAGUGUACACAAUCCAUAAAUGCAGCAAUAAGGGCAAUUGAGAAAGAUCUGUCUUACUCUAUCACAACAAUUAAAUGGUGUUCGUCCCACUAUACAGACGUCUGGAUUAUUCUUAUUUCACUUCUAAAGGGGAGUCUUCUGCUGUAUGGUACCUAUCUAGCUGGUCUAACGAGCAAUGUCAGCUCUCCCCCCGUUAACCAGACCACCACCAUCAUGGUGGGAGUUUACGUGGUCAUGUUCACCGCAGGAAUCAUCAUCCCCAUCAUCAGAUUCCUGGAUUCCUGGCCCAACCUAACCUACGGUGUCACCACUGCGGGAAUCUUUGUCUGCACCUCAACAAUCAACUGUCUCAUCUUCAUUCCACAAGUCAGACAGUGGAAGAAAUUUGAUGAAGAAUUAAACCGUACGCCUAAUCAAAUGUCCAAGUAUUUGAAUAGUCCAAGCAAGACUUUCCGUUCUAUGUACAGCGAUGAGCAGAUCUAUCACCUGCUUGGGGAGAAUAACUCCAUGAAACGUCUUCUCACUGAGAAAAAUGCAACGAUUGAAUGUCUGCAGGAGCAGGUUAAUAAUGUGAAGGAGAGGCUGAUGUAUCUAAUGGAGCCAGAAUACAUUGACGAGCUUGGGGAUGAUAUUCCAGCUUCACAACCCAGCACGGCUUGCAGCCCUGUGAUAAAUUCUGCGGUCAUGAGUCCCAACACAACAACAGGAGGUUCACUGGAGGAUGAGCCUUUGUCAGACGUGCUAAAUAAUCAAGAUCACAGCUCUGUAUCACAGCAAGCCAUUCAAGCUGUGCCAUUGCAGGGCCACUUGGGACAAAUCGGACAUGACACUGAGAUUAGUCCAGAAACUGUUUUGCAUUCUCAAGAGGGGAUAGAAGUCUUAAAAGAUUCUGGAUGUUUUUACCGAGACUCUGAGAAUUAUCCAAACUCUGAGACUAUUACAGGAUCUUUUCAAAAGGCACUCGAUACUCUGGAAAUAACAUUCGAAAUUCCGAGCAAUUUGGACAAUCGAGUGAGAAUCAUGCAGGAUCCUUCAGGUGAAAUGCUCACCUCUUCCUCAGCCCGGCCAGCAAUUGUAACUGGGGCAGAUGCAAAACCUUCGAUAGGCGGUCCAAUAAAAGAGAUGAAAAACAAGUUUGUUAACAGUGAGAAGCUGCAGGAGAUCCUGCAAGAGUUGAAUGUUAAUGCUGUGAACACAAUCUAUUCACCAAAUAAAGCAAGACGAAUCCUACCGACUGGGAACCUUGGACAAUAUGGUGGGACUGCAGAGUGGAUGAAACAUCACUGUCAUAACAUUUCUCCGUACAUGAUGAGACGAAGGAGGCCACCAUUUUAUUCAAUAAGGAGUGUACCUCCUCCAUAUUACAUCCUACAUUCAACACCUCAACAUGCAAAAUAUAUCAACAAAGAGUCCAACAGGGACACGAUAAAUGCAUUACCUACUGACCAUACUCAAUUACAAAGGACUCACCAGCCAGCUAUUACCAGAUGUAAAUCUGGUCCAGCAGUCCAGCAGUCUACUAAGGUUACAGUCAGUGGAAAAUAUACAAAUGCACCUUAAUGCCCGGCAAACACCUCCAAAAACAGAACACGGGGAUGGACAUGUCCACUCUCUGACUUCAGGAGAAGAUUGUAUUAUCAAAUCCCAUUCAGGCCUUGAAAACAGACUUACCCUCCAAAGGAAUUCAAAUAGCUGGUGCAGAGAGAUCUUCUGAAAUAUAUCAGUAUGAUUAUUCGGACUCAGAAUCAGAUAGUUCCGAAGAGAUGUUUUGCUACUACCACAGGUCAUAUUGUGAAGUGUGUUGUCAGGACUCGUGUAACUCCAGUAUAUCAGAGACAUCAGACAGCGAGGUAUAUAAUGCCCCACUCCACUGGUCACAAAAGCAUUUUUAUAGCCAUCCAACCGUUAAUUUUAAAGAGGACUUAAAACCCACUUUUGUAUGAUAUUUUCUUGCCAUCAUAUUCGGCACAGACAUUGUGGGCCGAAGGGCCUGAUCCUGUACUGUGCUGUUUGAAUUUCUAUGUUUUUUUAAUUUUUAUAACGUUUUCAAAUGCACCAAUCUGUUGCCAGUUUUCUUUCAAGAGGAUGGUCUAGCUUUGUUGAAGUAUUUAAUUUAUUUU